CACCACCUCUCUUCCUCCGCCUUGCGUCUGAGUAUAGACAGUCCUUCCGCAGCUCGAGCAUGCUGCAGGAGCUUUCUCACAUGGAUCGCAUCACCCAACUCCAGGACGAAAUCCAGAAUCUGCUCAUGAUUAUGUCCCGCAGCAUCGCGUAUCUCACGACGCGCGUCGACUUCGUGCAGGUCAGCGCGGAGGUGCCUGUCACCAAGCAGAGGAAGGAGGGCAAGUUCGAUCCGCCGGAUGUAUUGGAUGCGAACAAGCGGGAGCUGGUUGCGGAUCUCGUCAUGAAAGCGAAGCAGAUCGAAUAUCUUAUCAACUCGUUACCCGCACCAGAGUCCGAAGAAGCUCAGGCUGAACGACUGGAGACUCUGAACAAAGACAUGGAAGUGGCCACGAGGAAUACCGCGAAGCCGUGGCGCGCGCUCGUAGUCUACACUCGCGCAUCGCCGAGAUCAUGGGCUCCUUGUUGCUCAAUACAGACACAGAGCUCCUCAGAGCUGCCGUCUCAUAAUGCGAGAGCCAUCUCUUUCACGCUAAUAUCGCUGAGGCCGGGGUAUCCGAUUGGUCCGCAUGCCUCCCCACGUACCAGUUUAUUCCCGCAGGCUGAGUCGCAGCUGUCAUGGGCCGAAGUGGAGUUGGAGCGAUUAGGUCCAAACUGCUGAGCCUGUUUGAAGCAGACAGUUAUCUCUCACUUGCUUGUCGUCAUCGACUUGUCAUAUGUCGAUUCCUGAAUAUCUAUAUAAACUACCGCAGCCCUCAGAUUCAAUCCCACUACUUCACUCAUGGCUACUACUGACAUUGGAAUAGUCUCUAUCCACCGCGCUCGCGGAAAUGUGACUAAAGACGCUCUUGACAUGGGAAUGAAGCGGCUGGUGGACGCGCUGGUGGUCCACCCCUUCGUCCAGCAGCGCUGGAACAAAGUCGAGCUCGUCUUGCAGACGCCCGAUCUCAUCGAGCACUUCAAGAACGUGGGCUUGGACCACCCGUUUCCCACCGCCGUCAUGCUCGUUGAAUGCUCAUCCGUCAUCACCCACCCAGACCUGGAUUCUGUCUUCUCUCAAGCGGAGACGCAAUUCGGGUUCAAAUCGAACGGGUCCGCGUUCUCGGCCGACGUGGCCAUCCGCCUCCAUCGCCCCGCGCCCGACGACGGGAAGCCGCAUUCGACGGCGAUGGCGCUGAUGAAAGUCCCGCGGGACUUGCAUCCGCAGGAACACCACGACGCGUUGGGCCCCCGGUUCGAUGAGUGGGUGAACAUGCCGCAGCAGGACAAGUAUUUGCGCAAGCACGUCCUGUGGGCCCCGAACGACGAUCUCGAUGGACGCCUGGGCGAGAUUGGGUUCCCGGCCCGCGAGCAUCUCCUCGUCUCGGAGAUUCAAGGCGAAACCCUCGACGACCUGAAGGCGAUCAUCGAGCAUCCGACUUUCGACGAUCUCUUCCAAGGUCAUACGGAGUGGGGCAAACUCUGGGGCGGUGCUUUCAAGAAGAGCGACUGCUUUUCGUCCAACGUAACGACCAGGCGAUCUGCGCUCUCGCAUUACGAAGACUCCUCAAACUCUGCUGGAAUAUCUCCUAUGGAUCCUACCGUUGGCAUUGUAUCUAUCCAUCGUGCUCGGGGACCUGUGACCAAAGAUGUCCUCAACUCGGGCAUGGAGCAACUAGUUGAUGCCCUGGUGGUGGACCCGUUCGUUCAACAGCGUUGGAACAAAGUCGAACUCGUUGUGCAGACCCCUGAUCUCAUUGAACACUUCGAGAACCUCGGUUGGACCCCCGCUCCCCAUCGCCAUUCUGCUAGUCGAAUGCAGGUUCUCACCCAUUCGAGCCUGGACCCGAUAUUUUCACAGGCAGAGACGCAGUUCGGAUUCAAAUCGAACGGAUCGGCGUUUUCGGCCGACGUCGCCAUUCGCCUCCACCGCCCCGCGUCCGAAGACGGGAAACCGCAUUCGACGGCGAUGGCGCUGAUGAAGGUCCCACAGGAUUUGCACCCGCAAGAACACCACGACGCGCUGGGCCCUCGGUUCGAAGAAUGGGUCACCAUGCCCCAGCAGGAGGAGUAUCUGCGCAAGCAGUGCGUAUGGUCCCCGAAUGAUGAUCUCGAUGCCCGCCUUGGAGAAAUUGGCUUCCCGUCCCGCGAACAUCUAUUGAUCGUGGAAAUCCAGGGCGAAAUCAUCGAGCAUCCGAGCUUCGACGAUGCAUUCCAAGGCCAUACCGAAUGGGGGAAUCUCUGGGGCGGUGCUUUCAAGCAGAGCGAAUGCUUCUCGUCGGACGUGACGACCAGAUUGACAAGAGAUGAGGAGGGCCGUGUCGUCGUAUUCCCUCGUAGAUAUGAUAUCCAGGCUGGUCUCGAUGCGUUGUUCCAUACGCACAGCCAUAUCUCGUUAUCGCCUCGAUCACACACAUCUUUUUCGCUUGCCCUCCCGUCUCCUUGCGCACCACUACCCCACCCGCCAGCUGAACCUUAUACAACCAAACGAGAUGCCCGAUGUCAAGGAGAAAGUCUGUCUGAUUGUGCACGAUGGCUGGGGUGUCGCUACUGUCCCGGGCUCGACGGCAACGCCAUCGAGGCGGGCACCACGACGAACAUGGACACGAUCGGGAAGGAGAACAGCCUGCGUCUGCUCGCGGCGCACGGGACGGCCGUCGGGCUCAAUGAUGGGCUCAUGGGCAACUCCGAAGUCGGACACCUGAAUAUUGGCGCUGGACGCAUCGUGUACCAGGACAUCGUGAAGAUCGACGUGUCGAUCAAGAAGAGGCAGUUCCACAAGAACGCGACGAUCCUCGAGAGCUUCAAGCACGCCAAGGACGGGAAUGGGCGGCUGCACCUGAUCGGGCUGCUCUCUGACGGUGGUGUGCACUCGCACAACUCGCAUCUGUACGCACUGCUCGAAACCGCGAAGGAGCAGGGUGUGCCUUCGACCUACAUCCACUGCAUCGGUGACGGACGUGACACCGCCCCGCGAUCUGCACCUGGAUACGUCGAAGCCCUGGCGGAAGUUACGAAGAAGCUUGAGUACGGCGAGAUCGCGACAUAUGUGGGACGAUACUACGCGAUGGACCGCGACAAGCGCUGGGAGCGUGUCAAGAUUGCUGUCGAUGGUCUCGUUGGAGGUGUCGGCGAGGAGGGUACAGACCUCGUCAAGGCCAUCAAGUCCAACUAUGAGAAGGACGUGACUGACGAGUUCAUGAAGCCCAUCAUUGUGAACGGCGAGGCGGGUCGUAUCAAGGACGGCGAUACGAUUUUCUUCUUCAACUACCGGUCAGAUCGCAUGCGUGAAAUCGCGUCGGUCUUCGGGCUGCCGGACAAGCCGAUGGAGGUGACGAUCCCCAAGGACCUGCACAUCACCACCAUGUCACGGUACAACUCGGAGUUCCCCUUCCCCGUCGCUUUCCCUCCCCAAGCUAUGACGAACGUCCUUGCCGAGUGGCUUGGAAAGCAGGGCACGAAGCAGGCGCACAUCGCCGAGACCGAGAAGUACGCACACGUCACCUUCUUCUUUAAUGGUGGUGUCGAGGCGCAGUACGAGAACGAGGAACGUCAUAUGGUUGCGUCACCCAAGGUCGCGACGUACGACUUGAAGCCGGAGAUGAGCGUGCAGGAUGUCGCGGACAAGGUCGCCGAGGUCGUCGAGUCCAACGUACACGACUUUGUCAUGUGCAACUUUGCGCCGCCGGACAUGGUGGGACACACGGGUGUCUACGAUGCUGCCGUGAAGGCGAUCACGGCCACGGAUGCUGCGGUGGGCACCGUCUUCGCUGCCUGUCAGCGCGCCGGCUACACCCUCCUCGUCACCGCCGAUCACGGCAACGCCGAGCAGAUGAAGAACCUUGAGACCGGCGCACCGCACACCGCACACACGUGCAACCCCGUCCCAUUCAUCCUCGCUGCGCCUGCCGAGCGGAAGACCAAGUACGCGCUCCAGGGCGAUGAAGAGGGCUCCGACGAGGAGCCGGGUGCACUGUGUGAUGUGGCACCGACGAUCCUCGAUCUUAUGGGCCUUCCCCAGCCGGAGGACAUGACCGGGCGCUCGCUACUCGUUCGCAACUGAAUGCCUUGAGAAAACCGCGACUUAGAGACCGGAGAUCACCACCGGAAGAAACGAAAUGUACUUACUACUGGCCAUGUACUAGAGAGAUCUGCUAUACAGAUGAUGGAGCCCGAG